CCUCCACCACUUCUCUUCUCUUCUGAACAUAAAAACCAAACACACACUCAAUUCACAAACAGAGAAAUAAAAGAAAUUGAAGCUAAAAGAAAAGAAAAUGAGCACAGCAAGAUUCAUCAAGUGUGUGACGGUCGGAGAUGGAGCUGUGGGGAAGACUUGUAUGCUAAUUUCAUAUACCAGCAAUACUUUUCCUACGGAUUACGUUCCGACAGUUUUUGACAAUUUCAGUGCGAAUGUGGUGGUCGAUGGAAGUACUGUCAAUCUCGGCCUGUGGGAUACUGCUGGGCAGGAAGAUUACAACAGGCUUCGGCCUUUGAGUUACAGAGGAGCAGAUGUGUUUUUAUUGGCAUUUUCCCUAAUAAGCAAGGCCAGUUACGAGAACAUUUACAAAAAGUGGCUUUCGGAGCUGAAACAUUAUGCGCCUAGCAUCCCCAUUGUGCUCGUCGGAACCAAAUUAGAUUUGAGGGAUGACAAGCAGUUCUUAAAAGAUCAUCCAGGAGCAGCUUCUAUAACAACUGCUCAGGGAGAAGACCUAAGAAAGAUGAUUGGAGCUGUCAGGUACUUAGAAUGCAGCUCCAAAACCCAACAGAAUGUGAAGGCAGUGUUUGAUACAGCGAUUCGGGUAGCGUUAAGGCCACCAAAGGCAAAAAAGAAGAUAAAGCCAUUGAGGACCAAGAGAUCACGAACAUGCUUUUUCUUUUAAAAUUUCAUCAUUUAAAUAAAAAUAAUAUACACAUGUAUUUCAAUUUUUUUUCUUAUAUUUGUAAUGACAAAAGGGAUUCAUUAGCCAUAAACAAUUUCUGCCACAUGUUAUCUCUCUCUUCUCUUUUGCGUAUCAUUCUAUGAAUCCAUUAUAAAUACAUUUAUAUGUUCCAAAAAAGGGAUAUGUUUUCCCAA